AAAAAUAAAAAUUUUGGCCCUAGUUUUGCAUGAAACUGAAUACAGUUGAAGGAGUAAUUGAAUCUUCUUUGAAUCCUUCUACUGCUAUUUUUCUUUUCUUUAUCUGCUUUGAAUCUCUCACAAGUACUAUUAAUUUCAGUAUCUCUUGAGGAAUCGAAUCUGGUGCACGGAUUCCUUUUACGCACUGUUUGGUUGCUUACAAAUUGGGGAAAACAAGAAAAGAAAAGGAAAUUUUUGAUGUACUUGUGUGUUUUCAUUUUCCUUUGCCUCAUUCUUAAUUAGUGACCUUACUCUCUGGAUGCAAUCCAUAUAGAAUGAUAGCUUUUACUUUACCUUCAUGCAAUAGAGAAUUUAUUCCUACCUAGGUGUAAUCAGAUAAAAAUAAAAUAUUAAUAUAAAUAUCACUGACAAUGAUAAUAAUAAUAAAAUUCUUCUUGCUUCCACAAUAAAUCUAGUUGCAGUGAUAUCUUCAAAUGAAACUACAAAUUUCAUAAAAUUUAAUAUACCAUUUUAUAGAUCAUUGAAGUUUUAGAUUGUGAAUGGUCUUUGGCUGGUUCAUACAAAACUUGUGAAUAGACUAUAUAUAUGUUGGCCAUAUAUAAUUCAUUUGACCUUGUAAAGUGUAAUAAGCGGUAAUAAAGCCAAGGUAGAAUCUUGAAGGUUGUUUCAAUUAAAUAUAGAACAUAAUUUUUGGACUUAUAAAUAGGUCCUAAAUUCACAUUUUAGGUUGAAAGUAUGACGAAAACUUUCCCUGAUGUUCUGCAAAGAUUUUUUACAUAUAGCUUGAAUUUCUAUUGAUAUUGCAACUAGGACGAGUGAUGUAGAGAGAAUGAAAUGAAGCAAUCCAAGUUCAAGAGGAUUUGUGUCUUCUAUGGGACUAGCCGCGGCAAGAAGAGUAGCUACCAAGCAAUCCACAUUUACUUUUCUCUCUUCACUUCAUUAUCUUGGACUAGCCGGGGCAAGUAGAGCAGCUACCGUGCAAUCCACAUUUGUGUCUUCCGAAGAAGAAUUAUUUUUAGUGGUUUUUCUUGUCUUAAUAACUAAAUUCAAUUAACGGGGAAAAUAAAUGGUAUAUUGGCUUGAGGUGAUGCUUAUCAGUGUUGGCUUAAAAUCUCUGUGAAUCAAGAAACCCCUUUCUAGAAUAUGCAGCGCAAUAUGCUGUAGCAGCAGCCCUUGCGACAUUGGAAAAGGAUAAAAAGGAUUUGUUACACAAACUACUUUUACAAGGUCUUGACAUUACAAUUUUAGGUUGCAAUGACUUCUAUUCAUAUCGGAAUCAGGAUUUUUCGGCUCCAAUGGGGCAGAUUUUGGAUAGACUACAGGCAUUUGGUGAAUUUGAGUUCAAACAUUUUGGGGACAAGGUUAUUGUUGAGGAACAAACAGAGAGGGGAUAUGAAUGAGAUAUUUCGUGGAAGUUCAUUUCUUGAAUUAAGAAGAACCAUUUCUGGGGAUUUUUUUCCUGAUGCACCCAUUGCAACACUCUUUUUUUUUUGGCUAGACAAGUUUACAUUUACUAACCGAGACUUCCUAUGUACAGGUAUUAUACUAAUUAUGGUCUUCUAUUUAACUGUGGAUACAAAAAGUUGUAGUAGCCUUAACUUGAAAAGGUUAAUAGUUUAGUGUUUGCGUCAUUUUACUACUUGGAUUGUCUCUCUCUCUCUCUCUCUCUCCAUAGAUGAGAAUAUAAAAACAUCUUUAUCUAGCUAUCUGUUUGUUCGUCUCAUGAGCCUGUAUUUGUUUAUUUGUUUUGGAUUCUGGUUGCAAGAUGUGAUGAUAGAUUCAUUAUUGAUUUGAGGCACUGUUUUCUUGGUUUAUGAUUUCUUUUGCUCCUCUGUUUGAGGAGCAAAAGAUAUGGCUGUAAAAGUGCUUCAAAAUGUGUUCAACCUAGAUUUUUUUCCUUUUGAGUAGAUCGCAAUUGAACUUUAAUUGAACCAUAAUGAGCUGAGCUCAAAUAGUUUGGUGUUAUUAUUAUUAUUAUUAUUAUUAUUAUUAUUAUUAUGCAUUUAAUCUUAUUGAGCCAAGUAGUAUCUUGUUCAAGCUUGACUUGAAAAAUUAAUGAGCUGAACAUGAGUUGAGCUCAAGUAGUUUAGUUUCUUUUACAAUGAGAGAGAGAGAGAGAGAGGGUGGGUGGGAAUUUGGUCGAUGGUGGCAGAACGGUGAAGAUUAACUAAAUCACCAAUGUUUGACUGGAUUGUACCAGUGAGAUUGUUAAGGAUGAGGCUGAGUUCUAACAAAGUAGUGCAGUUGUAUAUGCCAGGUAUGCUUCCAUUAAAGAGAGUAUUCCCAAAGUCUAUAUACUGCAAAUUCCUAAGGUUUCCUAGUUCUAGUGGAAUUAGACUGGAAAGAGAAUUAUCACAAACAGUUGGCUCUAAAGGAUUAAGAUAUGUUUGUUAAUUGAAUGAUAGAAUAGGUUCCCAAAACUUGAAUUCUUUUAUUUUGAAAGUAGUUCUAGAAUUUGAAUUGGUACUGAUGAUUAAUUCUUCUGUUAGGAGCGAAACUCUUGCAGAAUUUAUAUGCUAAGAAUUUUCAGUGGAAACACUAAUAAUUGUUUUCACUUGCAAGACAGAUAUGAAUCAGUUCACAAAAAAUAUUUUAAAA